CCCUGCUCGAGCCGCCAACGAGACACCACCACCUGCUCCGGAUACCUCUUGCUUACACACGCAGUUGUUUCGAUACGGUAUAACUACAAUACCUUUCACCAUGGCGCCACUCCGAACUACCUUUGCUCUUUUGUUGAGCCUCGUCUCGGCUUCUGCUUUUGCUCCGGUCCAGAAUGUAGCCCGCAAGCAGACCAGCGUGAGCGCCUUCAAGAUCGACCCUCAGCUUUACGACGAUGCCGUCUCCGACUGGGAGAAGCAAUUCCCUGCCUUCUCCAAAUGGGGCUGGGGACCUUCGGUGCAGGCCGAAAAGUGGAAUGGCCGCCACGCCAUGUUCGGCUGGUUUUUCAUCUGCGCCACCGCAUACUGCAAGGGACACGGUCUCAUCCCGGAUCCCGAAAUGCUCCUCGAUCUGAAACAGUGGGGUACUCUCGCCACCAUCUCUGGAAAGGACACUAUCAGCAACGAGCGUGCCAUCAUUUUGGUCGCCAACGCCCACUUCUUCGCUCUCUCUCUCGCUGCCACCAUCUGCCCGCUUCCGUUCGGUGACUCUCUCUUUGUCGACCCUAACCACCCCAACUAUGAAGCCAUGGCCGAGCGCAACAAGAAUGGAUUCGGGUACCUUCCGGCCCUCAAGUUUGGACUUACCGAAGAAGCCGAAAUCAUCAACGGACGUCUCGCCAUGCUUGGUUUGGUCAUGCUCAUCGGAGCCACCGCCACGUCCGGACAAAACAUGCUCGAUAUUGUCAACGAAUGGGUUGGUGGAGCUUACUUUUGAGAGGGCUUAGAGUGAUUAACGUCUCUAUAUCUAACGCUGCUAUUAGUGUUUCAUCUUUUGGAAACUCU